GUCAUUCAUUCAUAAUUCAGUAGUAGCAGACACUGUGCAUAUACACUACAGUAGUUAUUAUGCAGGAAUCCUACCCCCAUGCAAGUUUUGUCUUGAGUAGCUUCGUUCCCGUACUGCUCGGGGUGGCCGUAGCUGCUGCUGCUUUAUUUCUAGCAGCAUCGGGCGAGCUCACCGCCGGCGGGCUGCGCUCCUUGCCGCCGUUCUAUGUAGUCGUCGCCGCGGCCAGCAUCAUAGCAGCUAAAUUGAGGCACAUGUGCAGGCCAAAGGAGGUUUACCUGGUGGAGUACGGCUGCUUCCGGCCCAGACCCUGCUACCGCGCGCCCGUGGCGACGUGCCGCGAGCACGCCCAGCUCAUGCCGGAGCUGUUCGACCAGCAGAGCAUCAACUUCAUGAUGCGGCUGAUGGAGAGGUCAGGGCUCGGCGCGGAGACCUGCGUGCCGUUGGCGUACCACUACAUACCCCCGGACCAGAGCCUCGAGGCGGCACGCGAGGAGGCCGAGUUGGUCAUCUUCUCCGCCAUCGACGAGGCGUUCGCCAAGACCACGAGCUUCCUCAAGCCUGCGGACGUGGACGUGCUCGUCCUAAACUGCAGCGUCCUGGCGCCGACACCAUCGUUCGCCGACAUGGUUGUCAACAGGUACAAGCUCCGCCCCGACGUCCGGACCUUCAACCUGUCCGGGAUGGGGUGCAGCGCCGCGCUCGUGUCGGUGGGCCUCGUCGGCAACAUCCUCCGGGUGGCGCCGCCUGGAACGCGCGCUCUCAUCGUCUCCACGGAGAUCCUGUCGUCGACCUACUACACGGGCACGGACCCCUCCAUGCUCCUGCCCAACUGCCUCUUCCGCAUGGGUGCCGCCGCCACCAUCCUCUCCAAUUCGCCGGAGGGCGCGCGUUUCCGGCUCGGCCCCGUGGUACGCACCGUCACCUCCGCACGGGACGCCGACUACCGGUGCGUGUACAUGGACGAGGACGACAAGGGGAACACCGCCAUCCGCCUCUCCAGGAAUCUCCCGGCCACCGCCGGACGCGCGCUGAGGGACAACGUCGCCGCCUUCGCCCCGCUCGUCCUGCCAUCCUCCGAGCAGGUCCGCGUGGCGCUGCCCAUGCUCAAGCGUAAGCUCCUCCUCCUGCUCGGCCGACGUGCCGAGGCGAGGCUCUGCAGGCCGGACUUCCGCACGGCGUUCCAGCACUUCUGCAUCCACGCGGGCGGCCGCGGCGUGAUCAACGAGGCUCAGGACGGGCUCGGGCUCACCGACGACGACGUUGAGGCGUCGCGCAUGACGCUGCACAGGUUCGGCAACACGUCCAGCAGCUCGGUGCUGUACGAGCUGGCGUACACGGAGGCCAAGGGCCGUAUGAAGAAGGGUGACAGGGUGUGGAUGGUCUCGUUCGGCGCCGGAUUCGAGUGCAACAGCGUCGCGUGGGUGUGCAUCAAAACAGGGAGCGCCGCCGGCAACGAUGAUGGGGGGCCGUGGGCUGACUCCAUCAAACGCUACCCGGUGCACCUGCCGGUUCUCGCCUAGGAGGAGACACGCCUGUGAUGCUGCAUGCAUGCAUGCUUACAAGGGCAUCCAGUGUCCUACUCCCUCCGUUCCAAAAUAUAAGGAGACUACAUACGGAGCAAAAUGAGUGAUCUAUAUACUCUAAAAUAUGUAUAUGUACAUUUAUAUAUAAUUUAUAGUAUAAUUUCUAAAAGGUCUUAUAUUUAAGAACAGAGGGAGUACAUACUUCCUGAAGUAUAUGCUCUCUCUAUACUAUGCAUACAUGUACUACCAUAUGUAUGUACGUAUUGAAACCCUUGAGCCAGGGUCGUCCUAUAAAAAAAUCUACU